AUGCCGAAAAGAGCCGUUUCAUUUGCCGACGAUAUCGAAACUCGAGUCUUCAAACGCGACAAAAAAGAGCUCGAAAAUGAGGAUCUUGAUAUUCCGAUGGAAGAAGACGUCGUCAAAGAGCGACCAGCUAUAGACGAGGAGGGCGAAGAAGAUAAGAAGAAGUUUCACACUCUUGAAUCCGACGAAGAAGAAGAAGAGGAUCAUAAACGUCUAGACACAAGAAAAGUGGAAGGACAAGAGGAUUGCGACAUGGAUUUUGAUGGGUCUAUCAAAAUUACGGCAUUCAAUAUGAAAGAAGAUGAAGAGGACGGCCACUUCGAUGAAACUGGAAAUUUCGUUUUUGAUAAGAAGGAGAAGGAUAUUCAGGACGCGUGGCUCGAUGGAAUCGAUUGGAGUACGGUUAAGAAAAAGGCAGGCGAUCAAUGGGAAGGCGAUGAAAAGAAAGAAAACGAGGAGGAAGAACCGGCACCAGUUACAAUGAGCGAUGCACGAAAGAAAGAAAUCUUCGAGCAGCUCGUUCAGCUUCUCCAACCAAAUCAAUCGAUUGCGAGAGCGUUAUCAGCGUUGAAGAAGAAAAAGGGAUUGAGCCCUGCCGAGGAGAGAAAAUUGAGAUGGGCAGCUAAGAAAGCUGGACAAGAGUUCCAAUCUACUGAUGGUCAAAAACAGACCGCUGUUCUGUCAGGGCUAGCAGAUGAGCUGAUUUCUGCAGGAUUUAUGGAUGCAUACGAGUGGCAUCGCGAGAAAAUCAACUUUCUGCUACAAAAAAUGAUUAGUACUGCUGCCGAUGAGCUCGACAUGUUCUCAGAUGAGCCAGCAGCUACUUCAUCAUCAGCCUCCGCUGUUGCAGUUACGGAGGGAGACGAAGACACAGUCAAGUGGGAGUAUAAGGCGAAUGAGGAGGCGAAAGUGGAGGGACCAUUCUCUACGACUGAAAUGAUGGAUCGUCAAACGAAAGGACUCCUCUCAGCUGAAGGAGUGGCCAGACGGGAAGGGACCAACGGGCAUUUCAAUCCAGUCUCCAGAAUUGAUUUUGAGUUGUAUUUGUGA